UAACAUUGGGUUUGUUUUUCCCAUUAACAGCAGCAGCCACUAAAACUGUAGUAAUGUCGCAACGCUGCAGCUCAAACUGUAACAGCUGUGGCAGCCGCCUUUUGGCUGCGUUUGUUGUGGUCCAGCUGGUGAAUGUGGCGCAGGUGCAUGCCUCGAACCAAAUAGAUGUGGAGUCUGAUCUGCGGCACUUGCUGGGACGCUGCCACAGCCAGAGUGAUGAGUACAAUGACUGCAUGAAGCAGGUUUUCAACGAUCUGCGAGCGUACUUCACAACAGGCAUACCCGACUAUCACAUAAAACCCUUUGAUCCCCAUCAUUCGGACUAUGUGGAGCUGCGACGCGGCGACGGAGCGCAUGGCAUUGGCAGCUUUCGUCUCGUCUUGCGCAACGUGUCCGAGUACGGCUGGUCCAAGUCCGAGGUGACCAAGUUCCAUGCGGAUGCCGAAGAUCAGCGCAUUGUCUAUGCGCAAUACUUCCCCGACAAAACCCUGGAGGGUCAGUACGAGUUCUCCGGCAAGAUGCUGGGCACAGAGAUCAAGCGUCGCGGCCCCUGGAACCUGACACUCUACGACUACAGUCAAACGACCAGCGUGUUACGCGUGGGCGGUCCAGGAUCUCUGCUGAAAGUGCAUGUGGAAGUCGAUCGCAUUGGCGGCAUGGAGCUGCACAUUGGCAAUCUCCUGGGGCAGUCGCUCAACUCGCUGGCCGACGGCGUCAUCAACAGCAUGUGGCAGCUGGGCCUGCCCUUUGUCAAGCCCAUGAUCAAUGAGCUGGUGAGCACCGCCUUCACGGACAUCUUCAACGAAUCCUUUCGCUACUUCCCCCUCGAGAGCUUCCUGGGGCCAGCAACCAGAUGAUCGUUCUCCCAUACACAUAAAUGUUAUAUUUAA